UUUCUUAAGCUCGACGGCGUGUUAUUUGGUAACACUGAAGAUGCAGGACCACAGCUACAGAAAUAACCAGAUGUACCUGUACUUUCUGAAUCUGAAGACUGGAAAUUUUGCCAAACAUAUUUUAAAGGGAUGGCCCUCCAGUGACAGCACAUUAUGAUAUUUCUGACACUAGCUCCGACCCAGGCGUGUUGACCAUGGAUAAUCUUAUUGCAGCUGCUGCCGCGCAGGAACAAUUCUCUUUUGGACAUCACGAGUUUAAGGUCAACACAGUUAGGAACCAAGGUCUACUGGAACAAUGUGUUGCAGGUCGAGAAGAGAACUUCAUAGCAGCUGAUGGCUCCACAGGCUUUUUUGUAGCUGAAAAAGAAGAAAUUCAAAUUGCCUCCUCAGAUAGUGAGGUUGAAAUAGUAGGAGUCCAAGAGGAUUCAAGGUACACUCAGACCCGGCCUGGUGUCAUUCAGCGAUGUUCAUCAUGGAAGCAGAGUUCUCAUUCAUACUGCCUCAGCAACAGGGAGCAACCACAACAGAUGCAUUCGUGGUCUGCCAUUUCGCAGCCAACCUGGAGCGGACCAUCAGAAGUUGUUGACCUUACUCUUGAUGAAGAUGCUAGACGCAGAAGCCAUCAUGUGCUUUCUUUGUUCUGUGCUGCAAGGAGAGAAAAAAGGAAAAAAAAUGCUUGACAUCACCUAUCUGUCGUUUAAAGAUUUGUAAAGCUAUUUCAUUUUUUGUUCUGAGUGGAAUUGCUGUAGUUUCUAUCAUUAGUGCUUCCCACAAAGGUAUGUUUCCUCAUUGUCUUCAAAUGUCAAUAUGUCAGUAUUGUGGGGUCCAUACAGGAAGAAUGUUUAGAAGUUUAAUUAGUAUUUUACAUUGUGCCAUGAGCUUCAGGAGGUCAUCAGAUUCAAAUUGCAUUUACCUAAACUAGAGUUGCAGAGUUACCAGAGCUAAACUUGCCCAUCAGGUGGCAUAAUCAUGCUGGAGCUAGGUGCACCAUCAAUUUAAGUAAUAAAUAGUUGACUUUAAAUGUUUCUCUUUUGUUUUGAAUUUUAAAGGCUGGUACAGGAAACACUGAAUCUUUUGUUUAAGACUAGCAUCUUUUGCUUUUGACCUCUAGCACGUACUGUAACAGUUCACUUUAAUUAACUAGAGUAGAUGAAUAUUGAUCAAUGCCAUAAAGAACAAAGGAAAAAUGAUAGUCAUCAUAUAUGUGGCAGUGUAGCUCAUUAUGUUAGGCCUGGUCUGUUUAUUAGUUUAUUUCAAGAAUGUAUAGGAAAGCACUAAUCUGGUAAGAGUGCUGCCACCACAUUUACAGCACAAAGGAAUUUUACCCAUUGACAGUAGGGCUGCAAAAACUUGUAUUAUUACACCAAGCAGCAAUGAUAAUUUGUAUUUUCAAGCCUGAUGGUAAUUUGUGGUCACUCAUGCUACCUGUUAAAAAUGGUGGUUUAAAAUUGAACAUGUUAAAUUGAGCAGGAAACGUAGUGCUGAACAUGUCAUAGUUGUGCAACCAGGUGCACUUACUGGGCACUUAUUUUAUGUUCUUGGACAAGUUUUAUUGGGUGAAAUGCAUCCAAGUGAUUUGUUUGGAUAAAGGCAUCAAAUAUUCUGUGUUUCCCCAAAGCUGGAGAGAUUUUAAGGUUGCACAUGUUAGCUGAUCUUAGAUCGAUGUUUAAGAUGGUAAAAUUACUUUUGUACCUUUAAUCAUAAUUUAUGCUAGAAAGUUGAGCUUGCAUUUUCAGUAAAGUUUGAUCAGGUUAAGUUAUGAUACAUCCCAUGGCUGGGAGGGCUGUUAGACCUCUAAAUCACAGAAUUAUCAAGUGCAAAAAGACAUUGGCAGUCCAUCUUGUUCACAACAGCAUUUUGAAAGCCAUCUAAUUAGGAACUCCACUGCACCCACAAUCCCUCUGCUUCCCUCAUGGACUUCUAAAUUACUUGCUUCUAGAGAAUAGGGUAAUUGAAAGAAGUAUUGAAAGGAAGCCAGUUUUGGUGUGCCAUUAAAUCUGGGAAGUUUUAUUUUUUGAUUCAUGAUCUCUUUGGAAAUCCUGUUUAAUGAAACUUCUCAUUUCCUAAUAUUUGAAGGAUUUCCAUUUUGGAAUCAAAGCUGCAAAGAAAACUAAGCCAUUUAUCCCAUUGGUUGUUUAUUGUAUUAUAGUGGUAAAUGGCAGUUUUAAUUUAUUGAUAAAGUUGUUGAUAGUGAGCCCUGUUGUUAAAAUCUGUGUAUUAUAUUUUAGCAGCUUCAAUUACAAGUGUCAGAAUCUUUUUUUAUAUCUUACCUGUGUAUUUUUUUCAUUUGCAUUAUUAUUUCUUUUUAGUGGAGUUCUGGAGUGAUUACCACUUUUGAGUUUUGAGAGUGUUUUAUCAGAAAGGUACUGAUAAACUGAUAGUUUAUGAUAACUUAUAGUUGAUGAUAACUUAUAGUUGAUGAUAACUUAUAGUUGUAAGUGUAAAUUAUCAUCCCGAGAAAUCACUAGGGACUAAUAUUUGUGGCAGUAGCAUUUUAAUGUUUUGUUUUUAAUCCUUUAUGCUAUUAUUCAAAACUUUGUGCACUCAAAGUUGAGUACAUUUUUGUUCAAAAAGUGUGAAUAAUGGUGGAUCUCUUUGCACACCAAACCCCAUAGCCAACCUCCCUAGUUCAAUUUUUUUUAAGAUGGUAACUACCUUUAUCUAGCAUUGGUUGUUUGCAUUAUGUGAACCAACUUGGUAGAUGAUGUGAACUUGAGAAACAGGAGAAGAUUAGGCUGAUCAGACUGUCAUUAAGGUCAUUAACUGAUCCAUUCUUGGCCUCAAUGCCACAUUCCUUCACUCUGUCUAUACCCCUACAUUGGCUUGCAGUUUAAAUGUCUGACAAUCUUGCACUUGAAUACAAACAAGGACUCCACCUCCAUGGCUGUUUGGAGACCAUUGAACCCAACAUAUAGCUUGAAGCAACACACACAAAAUGCUGGAGGAACUCAGCGGGCCAGUUAGCAUCUAAGAAAAGAGUACAGUUGACGUUUUGGGCCAAAACCUGCCAAAAAGUUUCAGCCCAAAACAUAGACUGCACUCUUUUCCGAGAUGCUGCCUGGCCUGCUGAGUUCCUGCAGCAUUUUGUGUGUGUUGCUCAGAUUUCCAGCAACUGCAGAUUUUCUCUUGUUUGUAAUAUAGUUUGGAGCUCUGAUCUUGACCCCAUUACAUUAUGUUUUCCUAUUUUAAAGGCUGCAGUUUAAUUGUGUGGAGUUUUAGUAGAUUUGCCAACAGGUUGCCAGACUAUGAAUAAUUCUCAGCUUCCUGUGAAGUAUAUAGUUAAAGAAAGUAACCUUCCCACUUUAAAAUAAAGUGAAACAAUUCCAUUCAGCCCUUAAAAUGUAUAUUUUUUGAUAGCAAGCUUAAGUAGGGUCCAUUAAAUGACAAACCAUAGAAUAUUAUCUACAACAUCACAUAAAUUCCAGAUAGAUUACAUAAAACUCAACUCAUAUUUUGUGUUAACAUCUUAGCUGGUGUUUGUGAUAGUUUUCCAAUUGGGCAAGUUUUUGUAUUGCAUGUAGUUUUAUGUGCAUAUUGCUCUGAAAUGGUGUUUGCUUUAAAUUGAACUUAGAUCACUCUUCGAACCAUUUAGUGUUAACUGGGAUUCAUAUACCUCAUACGUGUCUCUGAGCAAUCAUGGUUCAGGUUCAGGAAUCCUGUUUUGUUGUGUAAAAUCACUCUCAACUAUUGGAAAUUUCCAUUAAAUGAUGUCCACUCUUUCUCCCUAUGUGCUCCUGCAGUUAAUAACUAUCCCGCAAGUAAGACGCUCACAGAAUUGGUAUAUAACAAGUGAAGAUUUCAGGUGAUUAUCUGUGCCUAUGUUAUACUAAAUGCUUUGUUACAGGUUUAUACUCUAGAAAAAAGGGUUGUAUUCAGUAAAAAGUCAAAUUAUAUAAUUCUGCCAUUAGUUAAUUUAAGUGGAUGCUGCUAUCUAAUUCCUUGUAGAUUUUAAAUUAAUUAAAAGGUACUUGCUACCUUUUUAAAAAAAAAUUCCUGAUGGUUGCUAACUGCUACUCUAUAAAAAUUUUCUAAAUCACUUCUGAGUAGUGCAUGUAACAGUGUUAAGAAGAAAAGUUGAGAGUAGCCCUUCACCUGAGACAAACCUAUGAAAUGAACAAUAUUUAUUUUAUUUAGUAAUUCGGUAUGGGUUAGGCCUUCUGGCCCUCAAACCACACUGCCCCAGCAAGCCGUGACAAAACCUAACCUACUCAUAGGACAAUUUACAAUGUCCAUUUAACCUACCUGAUAUGUCUUUGGACUAAGGGGAACCUGAAGAACCUAGGGAAAUACCAUGCAUUCCAUGGGGAAGAUUAGAGUCCUUGGAGGUAGCGCUGGAAUUGAACUACAGACUCUGGAGUGCCCGAGCUAAAAUAGUGUCUCGCUGCCAUGGCGUCCAGCAUAUGAUAUGAAUCAAUCCUUGAACUACUUUUUGUUCAUCCAAAGUUCUUUAGAAGAAGCAAUAAAAAUAAGAAAACAAAUCAAAUGCAGACGUUAGUCUGGUGAGAAGGGUGGCUGCUUAUUCAGGAUUGGGGUUUGAGUUUAUUAAAAUAACUAAAAUGUGUUUGUUCUUUACCUUGAUCAUUUUAACCUUUUCUAUUCAGGCACAAAGGAGCUGCUACUCAAAAGAUUAAUACUUCGAUGCUACCCAUGAAGUAUUGUCCUAGUUUGAUCAAAGCCUCUCCUAAGUAGUUACAUCUAUUCCAGGGUACUAAAGCUCAGGGAAAUAAAUAAAAAUAGUGUUGUUAUAUCUGACAGAUUACUCAGCAAACUCAGUUGAGGAAUGCACACCAAGAUAUCGAGUGAAAACAGUAUUGGGCUCAGCUGUUUGUUAAAGUAGUCUUGACCACUUUAAGAGUUUGUGUUUGAACACCCACUUGAAAGAUGGAUUGAAGGACUACCAUUAUCCUCUGACUACUAACUAUCCUGCCAUGCACCAAGGAGAAAGACUAAGGAGGAACCAUGAGCUGUGUCUAAACCCUGUAGAGGAGGAUUUUGUUUGGCUAAUAUAAUUGCAUAUAGUGGCUGAUUUCUCAUAGAAUCUUGUGUUUCCUGUUACAUAUGCUAGAACUUCUCAUCUUUUUCUAGAUGAAUCAUAAGCAGUCACAAAAGGCAAGGCAAUGUAGAAACUAUAGAUGCAAUCUACAUGAUAUCCCCAGGAAUCAGUAGUACAAUAUUUGCUCAUCAAUUUCAUAAGGGAAUUUAGUACAGAGUUUCAUCCAAAUCAAAACAAUAUACCUGUGUUUAAAAAUGUCAAACCACUGCUACGAAUAUUACUGCUUUACUAAAUCUGGAUUCUUUGGGAUAUGGUUUAUAUUUCAGGACCAUCUUCUUUUUGAGGGUUUAUUUAAUUUUUGUGUAGGAAUUGGAUAAAGUUUGCUGUUCUAAAAGUAGCCACACUGGAUAGUAACAGCAAGACCUAAAAGAACUGAGGUAUAAAUGCUUGUAAGUAGAUUUUAUUGAAGCAUAAAAAUGUAUAGAAUUAUUACAAGAGUUUAAAUUGCAGUUUAAGGAAGCAAUUCUAAAUAAUCUUCAAUUUAUAAAGUGAAAAUCUGAUGAGAUUGCACUAAUUAUGGAUUUUGUGUUUUUGUUUCAAAUAUGUAAAUACUUAAUGCUGCCUUUUCUGAGGUUCUGGUAGCAGUGUAUAGAAUUUUAACUGUUAUGCAGUGAUUAUAAAAAAAAACAAAAAUUGAGAAAGAAGAAUUAAAAAAAACUUUUAAACAAUGAA